AUGGCAAGAAAUGGCGCCGAGGGAUCUUCGGUACAUGAGUACGAAGACGUAGACAAGAGGUACGAAGAAAGGGAUGGCAAAGAUGUCUUUGUGCUGAGUUCCGGGCUGAAGCGGCAAGUCCCCAGAGUACCACCAACUCGUCAUCGUGACAAAGACGAAGACCAGAAGUACAAAGACGAAGACAAGAAGUACGAAGACGUAGACAAGAAGUACAAAGACGAAGACAAGAAGUACGAAGACGUAGACAAGAAGUACGAAGACGUAGACAAGAAGUACGAAGACGUCCCCAGAGUACCACCACCUCGUCAUCAUGACAAAGACGAAGACAAGAAGUACAAAGACGAAGACAAGAAGUACGAAGACGUAGACAAGAAGUACGAAGACGUAGACAAGAAGUACGAAGACGUAGACAAGAAGUACGAAGACGGUAAGAAUUGUUUUGCAUUGAGCUCCGGGUUGAAGCGCAAAGAACCUGAAGUACCACCACGUCGCGAUCGUAAAAAAGAGUCCAAAGACGUGGACAAGAAAGAUGUAUCUAACGUGUCCAGCUCUGGACUUAAACGUGAAAUGUCCCCGCCUCGAGUCCGCCAUCUUGACAUGGGAGAUCAUGUGGUGGACUAUGGAGGGUACAAGGAAGAAACCCACCCAGAUGACAGCUACAAACCAGACGAUACAUACAGGGGUAAAGAUGAGAAGAAUUGCUGCUCUGGUCUUGAUGCUAAAGGGUGCGUCACGGAAAUGUGGAGUAAGUUUAAAUCCAGGAGAGUCUAUGCACUGGGCUGCGGACUCGUGGUGAUAGUGGCAGUUGUUAACGCUGUAGUCCUGUCAACUUAUCUCGGAUCUGAGAGUAAGGAACACGAUUCCAAACCUCAAGGCGAUAUGAUAAACGGAGACAAGCUGAAGAAGCCUUUCUUUACUCCAUCGUUCACCGAGUUCUACGCAGAAAACAUCUCGACUGUUGUAAACUCGACUUUAUUCUCUUCACCGUCGAUGCUGGCAUUAAAAGAAUUCGUGACUACAACCAGCGGAGACGAUGACAUCUCCCCCGUUACCCUCACAUCGGCAUCUCUAUCAACAACGGCUAUUGACGAGUGUAUAAGGAACCCCUGCCAGCAUGGGACCUGUGUGAGCAACGGUGGAGCAUACGAUUGUACCUGCUCACCUGGAUGGACUGGACAGAACUGUCAGCAAGAUAUCAACGAGUGUACCAUGAAACCAUGCUUACAUGGGCGAUGUGAGAACAAAGAUGGCGGAUACAACUGUACCUGCUCACAUGGAUGGACUGGACGAAAUUGCCAGGACUCAGCCGGCCCGUGCCAUAGCGGUUGGACAGAGUAUAACAACCACUGCUACAGGGUGAUAAAAGAAGAAGUUGACUGGGUUACGGCAAGCCGGGGUGUGAUGCACUCGCACUGGGUACAAGCCUUGCUUCUAUCAGAGACAGGAGCGAGAACAAGUUCAUUGAAGAUCUUAUCUCUGCAGCUAGUGAGUGAUAUGCAACUCUUUAUCACAUUCCUGCACUGCAACUAUAGGUGUCGCUGCUUGCAGAUGCGGUCCCAAACGUAAAGCACAUAUUAUACGUAUUCCUGUAAUUACAGGUUCUAAAUGGAUGCCCUUCGCCCACUGGCUAUGGGUUGGACUACGGUUCGAUAGCCGCACUCAUGAUCAGCAUCUGAAGUGGACGGAUGGGUCAGGAACAUCUUACACAAACUGGGCUCCAGUAGACAGUAUCCAACUUGGUAUAUCUACAGUCGUAGACGUACUUAUGGCCAUUGACAGUGGGUACAGAUGUGUCGGUGUGUACCCCAAGGCGACAACAGUCUUAAGUGGAGGAUGGUCGUUCACGCAAAUGAAGGUGCAAAGAGGCAUGUGGAAGAAGAUUCCAUGUGAGAGGAAGCUUCCCUACAUUUGCAAAGGUCCAAGUAACAACAACAAGCAUAACAGCCAUGGCUAGAUCUGCCGAAGAGAAGGAAAUUGAUACCAGAAAGAUGAUAUCAUUAAAAGAGUAUUCAGUAUACAGGAAGGAAUGAUAUUGUACACUGUGAGUGAGAAUUAAGAUUUAGUAAAAUUCCUUCCAUAUUCUUUUUCUUAGACAAUACGUAGCUUGACUGUCUGUUUCGUAUCUUACAUCAGAAAUCUAAGUCCUGGCUUAAGAGACCUACAUUACAAUGGACAGACUCAAGUAUAGAAAGAAUUAGGAAGUUAUAAAAUGAUACCUAUAAUCCUAAAUCGACUGACGCCUGUCUUAUUUAUUAGUGAUCUAUAUUGUAAUGGUCAAGUAGAGUCAGUUUAAGUAAGUUAGAAAAUUUCAAGUUAUUAAGUGAAUGUUACCAAAGAGAACGGAAUGAUGGAAUCGGUGUUCCCAAAUUUAGACUACCAAAUGUUCUGGUGGAGCAGCAUGUACAAUGUGCAAGGAGAAGCGGUACAAUGCAGGGUGGGGCCUUUAUUACUGGACGUUCUAACGUUAUAUCAAUUGUUAUUAUACCAUGUGUGUUAAUCACAUUUUCAAAUUUAAAUGCCUAUAUUUAGUUGCUCUCAUAUGGCUUUUUUUCGUGCAGAUUGUUUCUAUCUUAAAUAUUUGCCUCUAAACAUAGCAGUGUGUUUUCUGUUAAUUUAUGGAAUCAAGAGAUUAAAAUGUGGCUUCAAGA